GUGGAGAGAGACUUUGAAAGGGAAUAUGGGAAGCUGCAGCAAUUGGAAGAUCAGACCAAAAAACUUCAGAAGGAUAUGAAGAAAAGCACAGAUGCAGAUUUGGCCUCCACCGAGCAUCUCCCUGCAAGCUUGUGCUGACCCCCUCCUGGCUGCCUCAGCUCCCUGAUUUUUGCCCUCGUGGCAGUGGGAAAUGUGACCCUGUGUGGUUUCUUUUCCAUCAGCCAUGUCCAAGUCUGCAGUGAAGAUCUCCUCAGACCUGCUGUCCAACCCCCUGUGUGAGCAGGAGCCCUCGUUCCUCGAGAUGGUCACGGCCUUCGACACGGCCAUGAAGAGGAUGGACUCCUUCAACCAGGAGAAGGUGAAUCAGAUCCAAAAGACAGUCAUAGAGCCUUUGAAAAAGUUCAGCAGCGUCUUCCCGAGCCUGAACAUGGCAGUGAAGCGCCGGGAGCAGACGCUCCAGGACUACAAACGCCUGCAGUCCAAGGUGGAAAAAUAUGAGGAAAAGGAGAGGACUGGCCCUGUCCUGGCCAAGCUGCACCAGGCCCGGGAGGAGCUGCGCCCGGUGAAGGAGGACUUUGAAGCCAAGAACAAGCAGCUCCUGGAGGAGAUGCCCAAAUUCUACAGCAGCCGCAUCGAUUACUUCAAACCCAGCUUUGAGUCGCUGGUCCGGGCACAGGUUGUUUACUACACGGAGAUGCACAAGAUUUUUGGGGAGCUGACGGCGCAGAUCGAGCGGCCCGGGCUGAGCGACGAGCAGCGCGAGCGCGACAACGACGCCAAGCUGGGCGAGCUCCGCGCCCUCUCCAUCGUGGCCGACGACUGAGGCCGGGCUGGGGGCGGGCAGGGCGCGGGGAUCCCCCCCCCUCACCCCGGAUCCCCUCCCAGGGUGGACUUGUGGGGCUGGAGCUGCUCCCGUCGCCCCACGGCUGCGGGCUGGCUUAGUCUGUGAAUGAGUUGUGCCUUAGAUUUUGGGGUGUGGAGGAGCAGGAAAGGGAGUGAUCCCGCUCAGAUGAAGAUGGGGUGCUGGAUUUUCCUAGGUUCCGGUCUCCCUUGGCAGCCCCAGAGCCCAGAGGGUGAGACCCCCACUCCUUCCCCUCAUUUUGUGCCUUAGGAGCCCAGUGGUCCCCUCAGGGGAGGGGAAAAUCACUCAAAUUUCAUUUUUUGAAGUACAGAGACAGGGUGAUGCUUCUCAUGGUGAGCAUCCAUCCUUCUCUUCCCAGGAAUGCUACAAAGAGCCCCAGAGCUGGGGGGUGCAGGGCGUGCCAUGGGGACCCCAGAGCAGGGACAGUGGGGACAUCCCUAAGGGACAACCCAGCCAGGAGCAAACCUAUGGCAAACUGGGGGGCUGCACCCCUUCCUGGGUGUGCGGAGGGGCCGCAGGGACUCCGUGCUUGUCCCCAAUAAAGUUUCUGGCAGCGCAGUGCGGCCGGGGCCGUGUCGCUGUCACCGCCGGUGCCGGUGUCGCUGUCACCGCCGGGCCGCUGUCGCCCUCUGCCGCCGCCCGGCCGCCACUGCAGGGGGGACACGGGGGGCUUGGAGUGUCCCUGGAAUGGAAAAUUGGGAUCGAACAUCCCCCCUCGCAGCACGAGGAAUGGAGUUUUCCUGUACAACAGAGGCAGUUUGGGGCAGGGCUGGAGCCUUUUGGGACAAGGAGAGGCUGCCCGCUGUGCCCUGGGGUGGGCAGGUGCUGCUUGGGAUACGGGGUUGAAGCCCACCCUGGAGAGGUUCUGGGGGAGGUGACAAAGGUCCCUCCUCUGCCUUGGGGUGGCACGAGGCUCCUGCUGCUCCAGGUGAGGGCACACGGCUGCAGGGAACAGGGAAACCAUCACCACCUCUUCCCACCAGGACCUGGCUUUGGCAAACCUGCACGAGACAGGGAACGGGGCUCGGGGGUGUCCUGGGAAGCCCAGCAGAAAAUGGGGAUGGAACCCCUAAAACCAGGGUUUAGGAAUCCCUAAAACCAAUAUUUGCCUUCCCAGCUGGAGCAAAGGGAUGGAGCAGAGCUGUGGGAAGGCUGGUGGCUGUCCCCAGUGCACAGUGAGGUCCCCUCCAGAGCAUCCCGUGCCAAGGCUCCUCCCCAGCUCCCAGCAUGCAGAACUUCAUCCCUCCCUCUCCCCUUGUUCCUUCCCAAGCACAUCACAUGCCAGGCCAGGUUUAAGCAAAAUAAACCCAGUUACCACGGUUA